CUGCAUGGGCAGCCCAAGUUGACGUUCAACCUAGAGAAUUACUGGUCCUACCUGGACAAAAGGCAACUUUUAUAUGCAGAGUAGGAGUACCUUUGCAAUAUUGCCGAGCUGAAUUUCCGGAUCACAGAAACUUCAAUUUGAAUAAACAGUUACCAGGGACUGAUGAGUUUUCAUAUUUUGGGAGUGGUCUGGAAGCAGGUCAGUGCGGAGUUACUAUUCAUAGAGCAGAAGAAAAACACAACGGUGAUAUCAAAUGUACUCUAGGAAUAUCAAGCGAAACUACCGAAUCAGUUGGAGUUAUGAAGCUUAUUGUAGCAAAAGCGCCAAAAUUGCCAGAACUAGACUUAAGUAGAGGAACAGACUCCUUGAGGGUAUACAAAAUUAAUGACGUCCUAGAAGCAUCUUGUGUAGUUAGAGAUGGAAGACCUGUUGCUAAUAUCAGCUGGUACUUAGAUGACGAACGAAUUAACGAUAGUGCUCUCGAGAUGGCGACUGUUAUAGAAAUUGCAAAAGAAAACCUACAGUCGAAAGUUCAGAAUCUUUCCAGAGUAUUACAACCUACAGACAACGGUAGAUAUUUGAAAUGUGUUGCUAUCCAUCCAGCCUAUCCAGGAGGACAAGCCGAAACUAAAAGACAAUUAGAUGUCAAAUUUGCACCUCUGCCAAUAUACGACUCCCUCGAUAGAUUUGGCUACCAAAUCGGACAAGUAGGAAACAUUAACGUCACAAUUGAAGCAAAUCCAAAACCAAAAAUAAGUUGGAGCGUUGGAGGGCAACAAAUCAGAGAAGGAUCCACGGACAAUACUGGUAGGAUAGAAGCAGAAGGAAUUAAAGAUUUGGGGCGAGGAAGAUAUGAAGUCAACUUGAGACUAGCAGCUAUCACUAAACAAGACACAGAAGUUUACUAUGUUCUAACAGCCUACAAUGACCAAGGAUCUCAAGAAUACAAACUUAAAAUUUCUACUAGCCCUGAGCCUGAAGGUGUUGAACUGGGAGUUGGAGCCAUAAUUGGAGUAGUAAUAGUUGUACUAUUUGUAGUUUUAAUUGCGUCCAUCUUAAUCUUCGCCAAAAUGACUGGAAGGUGGUGUUUUAGUGGAGGAAUUGAAACGCGACAUUUUGGAGAAUCUAGCGACACUGAAAGUGCUGAUGUGAGACCAAAAGAAUCAAAGAAACCAAACAAACUCACCUGCUUGUUCAAAAAGAACAAAGACCAGGUUUCUUCAGAACCCGAACCAGAACCGAAAACUUUGGAACACUCCGAAGAAGCGGAGUCUCAAACGAAAUCUCCUUUUCCAGAAGGCGACGAGAGAGCUUUAGUAUACGCCGAAUUGGACCUGGUCAGGGCCGAUAUGGUGCCUGUUGUAAAAAACGAUGACGAAAAAACGGAAUACGCGGAAAUUGUAUACACGCAAAACGAAGAUAAGGAACCGCCUAAGAAAUAAAUUCUUAGUUUUAAGUUUUAAUUAAGUAUCUUUAUACAGUGCUGCUUCAAAUCUUCGGGCUUGCUUGGGUUUUCAAGUGAAAAAUAACUGCAUAUGCACGAGA